AUGAUUCUGAUCGGUUACACAUCCUCAAUUGUUCAAACUCAAACACAUAUAAUUAAUAAUCCAUCUCGAGCAAUCUAUGAAGAUUUGUACACUAAAUAUUCAAUUAUGCUUCAAUGUGAAUGUAGUGAAAUUGCUAUUUCCUACGGUUCAUUCCUGUCAUUAUCUCCCGAGUAUCAUCCAGUAUGUUCAAGUGCAUUCAUCACUGAUAGUUGGCUACAGGUGACACGACGUGAUGAUAACCUUGGUUUUGCUUAUGAUCCUGAAGAUUUCUUCUAUGCUGGCUUCGGAUUUUUUAAUACUCUUGCCUCGUUAUGUUCACUUGCACAAACGAUUCUAAACAAUUCAUUGCAUGUUUUUAAUCGAAAUAGAUUGGUGAGUGGUCGAGUGUUAUCCAAAGAUGAAUUAAUACCCCGUUCACUUGUAAUACUCGAUACAUUCAAAACAAAUACGAUCAAUAAAUUAAAACGUGAUCUGUCACUCAUUCAAUCUCAUACACGAAACAUGCUAUCAAUAUCACAAGGAAUUACUUUUACUAGAAUAUAUGAACAAGUAAAUAGGGAUAUGUAUAAUGAAUUAUUUUCAGUACCACUUGAAUGGGAUGAUUGUUCUUGUGCGCUUAAUGAUCCAUGUAAAGCACUAAUGGGUUUUUAUUGGAAUAAUGGUCCACCUUUAUUGAAAUUCACUAUUCCAAAUUUAUUUGUCGGUUGUUUUACUCUCCAAGCGGUUUAUCAAUCGUCGCUUGAUUGCUUAUUCAAUCAAACAUGUUUGAAUGCAGCACAAAAUGAAAUUCGUUCGGAGAGACCUAUCAAUGUGUCUGUUCUUCAAGCACGACCUAACGGUUUUUUGCCUACAACACCUAUCAAUGAGAUCGUUGAUACGCUCAUGGUUGAACGAUGGGGUGAAAAUAUUCAAUAUGAUCGAUACUAUGAACAGUGUUCGCCUAAACAAUGCUUAUACUCAUUGAAAUAUCGCAUGAAUGCAUUGUACAUAUUUACUACGAUUGCCGGUUCAAUUGGUGGACUCAUUGUCGCAUUAAAACUCAUUGUACCGUUCGUUGUCAAAAGCAUACGUCAUGCUGUCAGAUUAAAAGCCAAAACAAACACGACGACACGUAAGUAG